UCAAUCUACACGCAGCUGACUUUAGAACGCGUUCGGAAAAUAGGAAUAAACUGACUCAGAACGCGUGAAGUUCUUCUGCCGCACGGAAAAUCAAAACAAAUACUAAACUCAAUGCGAGGCAAAGCGUAAACAGCGCAGACAACUGAAACUCGCACAAUGCAAUAAAAACAGUGAUAAAUCAAAUGGACCAGAUUUAAUUUAGCGCUAACGGCAAAUAAUUGAAACCGCGUGUCUUUCGUUUGCUUGUCCCGCUCUUUUCCGGCACUCCCCCCACCAUACGAAGUUGCGAUUGUAGCCGCAUUUCGUUUUGUUUUACUGCCGUCCCUCUCUAACGGUUCCCUCUGCUUUGACCGCUGCCCAGCCUCCCAGCAACCGGCGUUUGAAAAGCCGCUGGAUUAGGACUCAUUAACGGGACACCCACACAAGGACAUCACAAUGGUGCAGGCUCUCGACCACGAUUGUGAAGUUCAGGGUCAGGACAUCCCGCAGGCUAUUCAGCUGCUUGGGGAAAUGAACAGCAACGUGAAGCAGGUGACUGAUUUGGUAGAGGGCAUGCUGCAGCGGGUUAAGCGCGGCGAGCUGACCACGGAAUACGGCCUGAGCUUCCUUGAGGUGAAGUACCACAUGCUGCUUGACUAUUUGAUCAACCUGACCUACGUGGUUCUACGCAAAUGUUCCGGCGAAACCAUUGAGGGUGAUCCCUCUAUCGAACGCCUGAUCGAGAUUCGCACUGUGCUGGAGAAGAUUCGGCCCAUUGACCACAAGUUGCGCUACCAGAUCGACAAGCUUGUGAAGACAGCCACUACUGGCGUGUCGAGUAGUACAGAUCCGAUUCUUUACAAGCCCAAUCCAGAUGAUAUGAUGAGCAGUGCAGCCGGGGCAGGUCACAACGAAGAUGGUGCGCCGGAUGACAGCGAAGAGGACGACGAGGAUGACGAUGAUGAGGAGGAUGAAGAUGAGGCCGGAGCAGCGAAAAUGCCCCGCAAGGCGGCCACAGCUGGAAAGUCCGGAGUGUAUGUGCCGCCGCGCAUCAAGCCAGUUUACUACGAUGGUGACGAACGCGAUGCUGACAAGGAGAAAAAGGCCAUGGACCGGGCCAAGAAGCGGGCGAUCACGUCUUCCAUGCUGCAGGACCUCAAAGAGGAGUACUUGGACGCCCCCACUGAGAUUUCGUCUGGCUCGCGGGCUCAGCAGCUGUUAUCCCAUGCACAGAAGGAAAAACAGGAGUACGAGGAGACCUAUUUGAUGCGUCUGCCUGUGACUAAGGCUGAAAAGCAUCGUCAGCGCAAACUGACCACGUUGGGCACACUUGGCGAUGAAAUUCUUGGGGAGAUUAGUCGAGAAUCGGCGCUGCGUGGAGAUGGAAGCAAAAAGCGCAAGUUGGCCAAAAAGGGAAAGGGGAAAAAACGCGGCGGUAAAAAGCGAAAGUUCCAUUAAUUGGGAGGAUAUAAACCUCUUAAAUAGUGUCAACAACUUUUAGUUUAAAUAACAGCUGUAAAACCUUCAAAAAAGUUAUAAAAGUCUUAUUUUUAAUCGA